AUGGCGCCCAAUCUGUUCGUCGUAACCCAGACGCUGUUCUCGCCGCAGAAAUGGUUUCGCACAUCCAAGUCAGAGCGCUCGGCCAGGAAAACUGAGUACUGGGAAAAUGGACCGGUUCCAGGGCUUUACGAGUACAUCCCAGGCCGUGGAUGGUAUCUGAUCGCAACUCUCCGAGACGUCCCUACCGAGAUGGCCAGCCCCAAGAUCGCAGAAGGAGGUCCAGUCCAGCCAGCCGUUGUCUCGCAAACCAAGGAAUACGUCAAACUAGACCGCCCUAUCCAAACACACUGGUCCCGAGUCCUCAAGCGCUAUCUCCUGGAGUCCGAGUACAAAGUCCGCAAGGCAAACGGCAUAAUCCAGAACUCACGCGGCAAGAACAUCGAUGUGGGAUUCUUCCGCCUCGACGACGGCGUCGCCUGGGUGCAUUGCUGGGACGAGCACGGCGAGUUCAUCUCCGGCCCCUACAAACUAUGGUGCAUCGACACUGCAACCAACCAAUUCCGCCACAUGCGCAAAGGCGACGACCCCAAAUUCAUCAAAUCCCGCAGCAAUUCGCGCGAGCGCGAUGCAGACAGCCAGAGCCAGGACUCAAGGAGCACGCAGUUCCGCAGCGGCCCGGGAGGCACGCCUAGCAUGCCCGGCUCAAGGUCAAACAGCAUCAUGAUGUCGCCUUCGACGUCGGCGUCGGCGAGUAGGAAUAACUCGCGUCGCAAUAGUUUGAGGCGCAAUGAUAGUAUUCCGUUUGAGGAGGCGAGGGUCAAGUUGAGGCGCAUGGCAAUGGAUCAGGAAGAGGCUGUGCGCGCUGCGGCACAGGGACGGCUU